ACGGCUCCGGACUACGUUUCCCACAGGCUACUGCGAUCCGGCCAAUGUAACCUGAAAGUACAUUUCUCAGCUGCUCCUGGAACGGCCUCACUCUACCUCCUCGCCAGUUCAUUGUGGUCGUUGACCUGGCAGCGACCUUUGGAGUUCUGCGAGGUAGAAGUCAGCGCCCGGCUCAGAGGUUAGAGCAGCCCCGCCAGGCAACCUGAAUUUCUGCAAAGGAACACAGUUAGCACCGGGAGUUCUGCAGACCUGGUUGGGCGCAGAACCCGAACUGAGACAUGCAGUUUGAACUUCUCAGAUAGAGGAACCCCAGUGAAGACUGAUCAGUUCUUAAGAGUUCUCAAAGCAUGGCCCACAAAUAUGUGGGUUUGCAGUUUCAGGGAUCAGUGACAUUUGAGGAUGUGGCCAUAGCCUUCUCCCAGCAGGAGUGGGAGAGUCUGGACUCUUCCUAGAGGGGCUUGUACAGAGAUGUGAUGUUGGAGAACUACAGGAACUUGGUGUCAAUGGCAGGACAUUCCCUUUCUAAACCACAUGUGAUCGCCUUAUUGGAACGAUGGAAAGAGCCUAAGGUGACAGAGAGGAAAGAUGGAAGAAGGUGGUGCACAGAUUUGCAGUUGGAAGAUGAUACAAUUGGCCGUAAAGAAAUGCUCCCCUCUGAAAACUGUCCAUCUUUUGCCCCACAUCAGAAAAUUAGUAGACAGAAACCACAUGAAUGUCAGGAAUAUGGAAAGACUCUUUGUCAAGACUUAAAGCCCGUUCAACAUGAAAGAAUACAUAGUAGUGAAAAACCCAACAGAUGUAAAGAAUGUGGGAGGAACUUUAGUAGUGGACAUCAACUCACCAUACAUCAGAGAUUGCAUGUUGAUGAGAAACCCUACAAAUGUGAGAAAUGUGGGAAGGCCUUUAUCAGAGGUUCAGCCUUGGUUAAGCAUAGGAGAAUUCACACUGGUGAGAAGUCACUCAAAUGUAAGCGAUGUGAAAAGACUUUUAGCGGUAACUAUCAACUUACAGUACAUGAGAGUAUUCAUACUGGGAAGAAACCAUAUGAGUGCAGGGAAUGUGGGAAAGCUUUUCUAGCAUAUGGAAAGCUUACCCGGCAUCAGAGUAUUCACACUGGUGAAAAACCCUUUGUGUGUGAGGAGUGUGGGAAGGCCUUCAGUACCUUUUCAUACCUGAUUCAACAUCAGCGAAUUCAUACUGGUGAAAAACCCUAUGAAUGCAAAGAAUGUGGGAAGGCCUUUAGUACUAGCUCACCCCUUGCUAAGCAUCAGAGAAUUCAUACUGGCGAGAAACCCUAUGAAUGUAAGGAGUGUGGGAAGGCUUUCACUGUGUAUGGACAGCUUACUCGACAUCAGAGUAUUCAUACUGGUGAGAAGCCUUUUGAAUGUAAGGAAUGUGGAAAGGCCUUUAGACUUAGUUCCUUCCUUCAUGCACAUCAGCGAAUUCAC